AUGGAUUCUUUCUUCCUCCCAAAUUACGGCGCAAAUCCCUCCAUCGUAAGGCUGAAUGCCAUCGAUGAUGAAGAAAUGCCCGACUCCAUUCCGUUUACCACUUCGCCAUUUCCUGAUAUCCUUGUUUCAACACCCGAUGCGGCUGAAAUGACAGUAUUUUCUACAUCUCACAACGGCUUCUCUGAUUCAGCAAUGCUCGGCUUCCUGCCUGCAGACCCCUUUGCAGUUCAACCCUCGCCCACCUCGUCACCAAUGCUUAGGCCUCCCACCGACAGAACUGGGAGCCCGUCAACGACGCCAUUCAGCAUGGAUGUCUUGCAGUCAACACUCGGAAGAGAUUUUCCCCAGCCAUCGUGGGGUAUUCUGACUGAUGGACCAGCUGGUCCCAUCGACAUAUCACCUCUCCUCCCUGGUACUCCAGCAUUCCUGAGUCCCCGACCAAAUUCUCUUGCUAGGUCGGCUACGAGCUCAGCCUCCCCGAAAAGAUCUCCAUCUGUAACCAAUGAAGAGUGGGAACGUCUCAAGAAGGACAUCAAACGGCUAUACAUGGAAGAAAGCUUCACGAUGCAGGAUACCGUGAAGAUCUUGCGUGAACAAUUCAACUUCUGUGUGACGCGUUGCCUAGAGAAGUGGAAUUGGAGGAAAAAUGAUACCGAGUCUGCUCGGCAGCUUCGUCGGGACGGCAAGAGCCCAGUAACCCCCAACAAGAAGACAGCACGACAGCAACGCCGGCCACCCAUCAACAGCACUAGUAGCCUGCUUGCUGAGAUCUCUGCUCGAACAUGCGGGCUUUGUGAAAAGCUCCUGCACUGGGUUAAAAGUCUCAUCUUCAGAUCCUCGAAAGAAGACGUGGAGUGGCGCCAGCUGAAUCGCGUUGGUCGUCUGCCAGUCUUCGGACAAGAACUCACUUCUCAGGUCGCCGUCGGCCUGGAGCACUUCGCUUCUGGCGAUCCCGACAGUGGAUUCCCCGUACUGAGCCACAUGUUUUGGGACCUCGGAGAUUUUGUCAGGAAGAGCGACAUCACUAUAUACGCGACCUUGCUCUUGGAUAUACCCUCCAUAUUCUAUGAGUUCAAAAACGAGGUUCCUUUUCUCAACAAAUACUUUCUGUAUCUGCACAGUUUGUUUGGAGAGUUUCAAAAAGGCGAUAGCCCAAUCGCAAACGCGGUGCAGGCGAUGGGUCAGCUCACAGCCAUGGACUUCGAUCAAGCUCGAGGCUGCUUAUCACAACUCUACCGGGUCGUCGCCGAUGCUUACGAAGAAAUCCAGGGGCGCGACACAUUUGAUAGCAUCGAACGGCAUGUGGAGGCGAUCAAUGCUACUGGAAGCACUCCAGAUACACAGGAGGUAGGACGAAUCAUCACUGCUCUCGACAACAUGCAGAUACUCGCCGCCUCACAUCAAGGCCAGCUCCAGUCGCCCAACAUCAUCGAGUAUGAACUCUGGAAGAUUGAGCUUCUGCGGUCAAUUGAGACCGGCAAUCAGUUCGUGAGUCGUUGCAAUAGACUCCUGGAGAGUAUCGCAACCGUUGCUAUCGACAAAGAAUGGCGGCUUUGGGAGCCUUGGCUGCUCUGGAUUUGUGGAGAGGUCAUGUACGAGCUUUGCAGAUUCUUCGACAAGGUUGGCAACGACGAAGAGUGGGCGGAAAAUCUGGAAGGCUGCAUUUUACGGUUUAGGUGUGCGAUAACCAUGGACGAGACCUGGGAAGAGUUGCUGGGAUGGAGGGUUGUGCUUUACCGUCUUCAAUUGGUUGAGUUCUGGACAGAAGCAGGAAAGCCGGAGCAGGCUGAGAAGCACAAGCGAUGCAUCAGAAACUCGGCUUGCUGGGAAGCAAUGUUGAGAGAGCACGCGGAGCUACCUUCUUUCUUUGAUUGA